AUGCAGCUAAAACUCGCCCUGCUCUUCGCCGCAGGCCUCGUGCAGGCUAAACGGCCCAACAUCCUAUUUAUUCUCACAGAUGAUCAGGAUUUGCAUAUGGAAAGUGUCGAUCACAUGCAGUAUCUCAAGUCUGAUAUCGUAUCCAAAGACACUACCUACAACCAACACUACUGUACCGUGGCAUUGUGCUGUCCUUCACGUGCCACUCUCUGGACCGGCAAGGCUGCUCAUAAUCACAACAUCACCAACGAAGCUGAGUAUAGUACCUACUACUCAGGCAAACUUUGGAACUUCCAUGGGGUCUCUAACUAUGAUCGUCCGUAUGCACGUGGCUUCAAUGCCUCGGACUUCUUACUCGACCCGUAUACAUACCGCUACUGGGAAAGCAAGAUGUCUAAUAACGGCGAGCCCCCCGUGAGCUAUGCUGGCAAAUACAGUACCGACGUGGUAGCGGACAAAGCAUACAAGUUGCUCGAAGAUGCUCUCCAUCACAAGGAACCCUGGUUUCUCACUGUUGCACCCAUAGCCCUCCACUCCAACUGGAUCUUUGAUGAGAAGAGCAACAAGACAUAUCUAUCAACACCCCAGAGUGCAUAUUGCCAUGAACAUCUCUUCCAUGAUUAUAAGAUUCCCCGAGGCAAAUCUUUCAAUUCACGAAUUGAAGCUGGUGCAGGUUGGGUUGGCAGACUUGACGCCCUGGACGAGAGUGUAAUUCUCUACAAUGACCAUUACCAACGCCAACGACUCCGUUCACUCCAGGCGGUUGAUAAAAUGCUUCACGAGCUGGUUCAGAAGAUCGAAGCUGCUGGCGAGAUCGAUUACACGUGUAUAUUCUACUCGACAGAUAACGGCUAUCAUAUCAGUUAA